AUGGAACCUGUCAACAAGCCCGGAAAACGGAGACGUGGAAGAUGUAAAAAAGGGAAACAGUCCCAUGAUGCGCUGAGCAGGCAGAUGUUCCCAGCUGUGGCUCCUGGGAACCCGGAGAAGUGUGAUCUGAAUAAGAACCAGUUCUCCCUGCACCAACAGAGUCUGCCGCCGCUCCACGUGGCCUGCCUUUAUGGCGAGUUGGGUGAUGUUCAGCUCCUGGUGAAGUCCAGGCAACAGUGGAUCAACAGCAGUGAUUCCCAAGGUCGCCGGCCCCUCCACAUGGUCCUGUCCUACCAGAGCUUCCCCAGAACCUGCGCCUGUCUCAGAUACCUGCUGGAGCACGACGCCGACGUUAACGCCACCACAGACUUGGGGCAGACCCCGUUGCACCUGGCCGCCUCUGAGGGCUUUCUCGACUGUGCAGAGAUCCUCGUGAAGGCCGGAGCAGAUGUUUUGGCCAAGGACAGCUUGGGGCAGACACCUCUGGACUCAGCCUGCAUCUGGUGCCACAGGAAGGUAGCGAGGUAUCUGAAGAGCUGUAUGUGGCAUGUGAAUAAAGAGAAAGAAAGAAAGGAGAGAGUGCUGGUUCAGGUCUUAUACACUGAUCUUGUGGGCAUGGCCAAACAGAAUAAUCUCACCAGAAAGACGCUCACUGAUGAAAAGGUGGCUGAGUGGGCAAAGAAGAAAGGCGUGGCCCUCCUGAAGGAUUUCUCCCUCAGGGGGCAGGUGAGCAAGUAUCACACCAAGUGCUUCUUAGCAGAUCAGAGCAGCUGUGAGUCAAAGCAUGCAAAGGCCCACUGUGAGGAGCAGCAGCCUGAAGGCAUUAAAGAGGACAGGAACACCCUUCCUAAGCCACCCUUCAAACCAUGGAGCAUCUUCACAGGCCUCCAGCCAAAGAAACCCCUCGCAGAACCCGACCUCCGUGACAGCGUCACCAUUUGGAGAGACAGCUCCAGCAGGCAACUUCAGUACACCACCAGGUGGGACAGCACGCCUCACCCCGCUCCUAACCUGCCUCUGGAUGUCCUUGAGAGGGUGUUGUUUCCCAGAGCCUUCCCUUCCAGGAUCACCUGGCCACAGGACUUUGAGCCACAGAACAUCGUGGAGGUCAAGCAUCAAGGAUGCCCUCAGGAGCACAACACCUCCCCCUGGACAGAGGUGGCCAUGUGUCUGGUUGAGGUGCUGGAGUUUAGACAGUACUGACUUUCCCAGUCUUGGCUGAAGAGAUUUAACCUGAAACUGGGGAACAGGCUCCGAAGAAAUGCAUUAAAAGCUUGAGUGUCA